AUGUAUAAAACACGGGAGCCUGAGUUUCUAAAGGUGCAUAAAGUCUUAACUAGCUUGUACAAUGAAGAGAGAAAUCUGCUGCGAAUUAGAGAGAAGGAAAGACGCAACCAGGAAUCUCACCAAGAGAAAGAAGCAUUUCCUGAAAAGAUUCCCCUUUUUGGAGAGCCCUACAAGACAGAAAAAGGUGAUGAGUUGUCUAGUCGAAUACAGAACAUGCUGGGAAAUUAUGAAGAAGUAAAGGAGUUUCUUAAUACCAAGUCCCAUCCCCUUCGCUUUGAUGCUCCUGAAAACAGGUUGGGAAAGCCAAGAUAUCCUUUAUUUCCUGGAAAGGGGAGCAACAUUCCAUCCCACUCCUUCCAGACUAGUGUUCACCACCAGCCCAUUAACACUCCUGCCUCUGGACCACUUCCUGUUGGUAACAUUAGCCACAAUCCAGAGACGGCACAGCCAAGAAUGGAAACAAGUCUCCAUGCCAAAAACUAUGGCCCACCGGAUAGUCAGCACCUAGCCCAAGAUUGCCUGGCUCAAGAAAGGAAUAGCUUUAGUGAUCACAAGAAAGUUGACUACAGAGCUGAUGGAGACCACUGUGCUUCAAUGACUAACUCAGCCCUAGAAAGAGAACUUUCUCCUUUACUUGCCUCUUUUCCUUUCCUUCUCCCCCCUUUGUCACCUAUACAUUCCAGCCAACAUGGUCUUCCCAGGACACAAGGAAGCAGCAAGGUUCAUAGCAGUAGCCACAGUAAAGGUUACUGCCCAGCCAACUCUCCCAAGGACCUGGCAGUGAAGGUCCACGAGAAAGAGACCCCUCAAGACGGUCUGUUGGCACUUGCCAACCUUGGGGCAGCCCCUCAGCCGUCUUCUCAGACAUUUCACCCACCCUCCCUACCUUCAAAAAGUGUUGCGAUGCAGCAGAAGCCCACAGCAUAUGUCUGGCCCAUGGAUGGUCAAGAUCAGGCUCCUAGUGAGUCUCCUGAACUGAAACCACUGCCAGAGGACUACCGUCAACAGACCUUUGAAAAAACAGAUUUAAAAGUGCCUGCCAAAGUCAAGCUCACCAAGCUGAAAAUGCCUUCUCAGUCAGUUGAGCAGACCUACUCCAAUGAAGUCCAUUGUGUUGAAGAGAUUCUGAAGGAAAUGACCCAUUCAUGGCCUCCUCCUUUGACAGCAAUACAUACGCCUAGUACAGCUGAGCCAUCUAAAUUUCCUUUUCCCACAAAGGAUUCUCAGCACAUCACUUCUGCAACCCAAAACCAAAAACAUGAUACAUCCUCAAAAACCCACACUAAUUCUCAGCAGGGAACAUCCCCUAUCCUUUCCAGCUUGCUUGCAGAUGACCUUCUUCUCAGUGACAGUGAGAGCAGUGACAGGGAACAGGCCCCAGAGAAGCCUCCUUCCUCAUCUGCCCUUCCAAGUGCUCCACAGUCGCUUCCAGAACCAGUGGCAUCAGCACAUUCCAGUAGUGCAGAGUCAGAGAGCACCAGUGACUCAGACAGCUCCUCAGACUCGGAGAGUGAGAGCAGUUCAAGUGACAGCGAAGAGAAUGAGCCCCUAGACACUCCAGCUCCUGAGCCUGAGCCUCCUACAACAACAAAUAAAUGGCAGCUGGAUAACUGGCUAACCAAAGUCAGCCAACCCGUCGUGCCCCCGGAGGGUGUGGGGAGCACAGAGUCCCCACGUGGGCACCAGGACAGCAAGGGCCAGGGCCGCGGUGCCAGCAGCAGUGCCGCUCCUCCGGAACCUGCUGAAUCCAAAGACCCCGCACCCAGGAGCUCCAGCAAAGCCCCGCGGGCCCCCUCGGAAGGCGUCCACCCUGGCAGGAGGCGCUGCCACAAGUCUCCUGCACCCCAGGAGCCUCCACAGAGGCAAACCGUCGGAACCAAGCAACCCAAAAAACCUGUCAAGGCCGCUACCCAGGCUGACUCGCAGGCCAGUGUCCAGGUGGAGAGUGAGCCAGGACUCCUCCCUUAUGGCUCCAAAGAACAGACUUCCAAAGACAAGCCCAAAGUGAAGACGAAAGGAAGGCCCCACACAGGCGAGAGCAGAGAGCCCAAGCCCACUGUGCCCACCCCCAACGAAAGGAAGAAGCACAAGAGCACCCCCACCCCCGCCAAGCCACUCUCAGGCUCCAAACCCUCGAAGGACAAUGUGGAGGGCAGGAGCCCUGAGCACCUAGCUCUCGUCCCCCUGGGUCAGAGCCAGGGCCCACUGCACAGCAGCCGAGGCAGCAGGACUAGUGGCUGCCGACAAGCGGUGGUUGUCCAGGAGGACUGCUGGAAGGACAAACUCCCGUUGCCUUUGAGAGAGACCAAGUUGCUCUCACCCCUCAGGGACCCUCCUCCCCCAAAAAGCUUGAUGGUGAGGAUAAGACUAGACCUUCUGUCCCGGAUACCCGAGCCACCUGGGAAGGGGUGCCGCCAGAAGAAGCCCGAAGACAAAGAGCCCCCGGCUGGGAAGAAGCAUGAUUCUGAGAAGAGGAGCUCAGACAGUUCAAGCAAAGUGGUCAAAAAGAGGAAGAGUGAAACAGAAAGAAGCCAUGAGACCAAGAAGAUUAAGUUGGAGAAAGAAGGGAAAUCACAGGCAUCGUCUUCAUCGUCAUCCUCCCAUAAAGAAUCUACUAAAACAAAAGCACCCAGGUCCUCCUCCGAGCCCUCCAAGAAGGAGAUGCUUCCCCCACCGCCUGGGCCAUCUUCGUCUUCAUCCUCAUCCUCCCAGCAGCCAGCCAAGCCUACACACAAGAGGCCCAGGCGUGAAGCAGAUGCCUAUGGCCAGGACCCUCCCAAAAGUGCCAGUAGUGCCAAGAGCAGCCAGAAAGACUCUUCCAUUCCCAAGCACAGAAAAGUCGAGGAGAAGGGGUCUGGAGGCUCCACAGAACACAAAGGAUCUGCUGGAGAUACUGCAAAUCCUUUUCCAGUGCCUUCGUUGCCAAAUGGUAACUCUAAACCAGGGAAGCCUCAAGGGAAAUUUGACAAACAACAAGCAGAUUUUCACAUGAAGGCGGCUAAAAAGUUGAAAUACAAAGCAGAGUCAAUGACGGACAAGGUCGGGAAAGCUUUUAAGUACUUGGAAGCCGUCUUGUCCUUUAUUGAGUGUGGAAUUGCCAUGGAGUCUGAAAGCCCAGCGUCAAAGUCGGCUUACUCUAUCUACUCAGAAACUAUAGAUCUCAUUAAGUUCGUAAUGUCAUUAAAAUCCUUCUCUGAUGCCCCGACACAGGAGAGAAUAUUUGCUGUCCUAUGCAUGCGUUGCCAGUCCCUUUUGAACAUGGCUAUGUUUCGUUGUAAAAAAGACAAAGUAAUGAAGUAUUUUCGUACUCUUAACGACCACUUAAGCACAGGCACACCAUCCCCUCGUUCCCCCAUGCCUUCUCCUGCCAACUCUGGAGGCUCCCAGGCCAGUGCUGGCAGCGUGGGGAGCAGUGGGAUGACUGCCACCAUCAGUACCCCAGUCACCAUCCAGAACAUGACGUCUUCCUAUGUCACCAUCACUUCCCAUGUCCUUACCGCCUUUGAUCUUUGGGAGCAGGCUGAGGCCCUUACAAGGAAGAAUAAAGAAUUCUUUGCUCAGCUCAGCAAAAAUGUGAGUGCCCUGGCCCUCAACAGCAGCUUGAUGGACCUGGUGUACUAUACACGACAGGGUUGUCAGCGGCUCAAGCAAGUAACCAAAACACCUUAA